AUAAUCGAGCGUCAAACCUUCCGUCCACCCGAGCCAACCCCCGGCCCAUCAUCAAAUCCUCUUCUCAAAGCCGUUUGGGGUAACGGUGAUCGUCCCUUCUUGGCUCUUGCCGGCACUCAGCAUAUCAAGAUUUUCAACGUUUUACAUGACCUCGAUCACUGUGUUGAAGAAUUGGUGCUACCAGUUGGCAAUGUCGUCGAUCUUUUGGUGGAUGUUACCGAGGCCGGUGGGCCAAAAGUUGCCGUACUUUCUUCACAAGGUCAUCUCUACAUUCACCAAAUGCAAGACCGAGAUGUCGAUGAUCAACUCGAAGUCGGCUCAUUUUUCUUGACAAACAACGUAAAUCUACCACAAGUCAGCACAGCUAUCUCUAUGCACUACUCGAAAGCCACUCAGCUUCUCUUUGUCUCAAAUACAUCGGCUACAUUUUACGCUCAAAUACCAAACGGAGAUUUGGGGAAAUUAGCGACUGAGCACUUCAAGAGACUUCAAGUCUCGGAUCCACUUCAUUGUUGGCAUGAAAGUGACGGCCUUUUGUCAGCCAUUCAUCACACAAAGCCAACCCUAGCCACCUUCAUUUAUCCGACGAUGAAAACGCUGCUAACUCAACAAAUCGAGCUCGAAAAAGCUGCUUCUUCACAUGUUUUGUGGACGAAUCCAACAGCAAACGGGCACUUGUCCGUUUUUCUUCUGAACGAUCCAAUUAAAAGAUGUGCUGUCUUCACUAGCAACUGGAACCACGAACGGGAUCUGUGGAUCGCUGAUUUCCCGCGCGAGAUUCGCUCCAUCGACGAGAGUGAGGAGAAACGAGAAGAAAGCGUUCAAGAGACUCCACAAGAGGAUCUCGUUACUAUCUUCGAAUUCUCCACCCCAAUCACGCGCGUUUCUUUCUCUUGUGAUGCACUGAAGCAGUAUUAUGAUCCAGAUGAUCUCACGAAGAGACUCUCAACCGUUGGAUCGAUGCCUGUCACUAUUUUGCAGAAAGAAGAUAUCGAGAUGGAGGUUCGAGUUCAAGAGUGGAAUGUCGUUGUGCGAGCGAUCCGAAUUGAGGUCUCGACAACUCGUUGCCCUGCUGCGGUCACUUUUCUCGAUGGAUUCUACCCACUUCAAUGCGAUGCCACAAGAUCUCAUGAUAUAAAGCUCACGCGUCAACAAUCCUUGGCUUUGGAAAAAUCUUUUCUCCUCAAAUUCCACCAUUCGACAAAUCCUUUUGGACAAACUGCGAUCACGAGCAUUCAGCUAUUCGGUGUAUCAAGGGGUGAAUUCGAUUGGCCGUCGCCGACUCGUUGCCUCACUUCUCCCCUCACUCUCCCACAACGUUUCCUCACUCGCCUCAUCGAUCUCUACACAAACACGAUUGGAGCUGGAAUCGAAUAUAAAGCCUCUGAGCUGCCAGUGCAUCUCGGUGCCGGUGCUUGUGCGCCUCGUGCGGCUCAUUCGCAACUCUCGAUCUCAGCUUCAACCCUUCUCCGUACUGCUGUCCCAUCGUUGAACGAUUACUACAACUAUAGAGAUCGAGCGAUCUUUAAUGAUUUCAGAGAAUUCCAUUUUCUGGGUGUUCACUCGAUUCCAAUGGAUAUCUUGCCUGUUUACAUCAAUCACAUCAAAUUGAUGCUUUCAACAAGAGUGAUUCUCUAUGAGAAAAUUGUUAAAGAAAUGUUUAACGACACGAUGAACUUUUGUCAAUUUCUGGCAGAGCAACUUGGCAUGAUCUCUGGAGAUUCAACAGGUCUAAUCGAGCUCUACGUACUCGUCGUUUUCCAUGCGCUUUCCACCGGGAAUCCACAAAAGAACGAAAUCGAAGAGCGUUAUCUUGAGCUAUUUACUAAUCAAAAGACAUCGAAACACUCAUCAAAACUGCGCAUUGUCUCUCAGCGUUUGAUUCAAACUUUUGUUGGCGUAUCGAGAGCAGAUCGAAAUUUAGCAAAAGGAUUUGGAGCAAAUCGACGAGUGUUGAAGAACGGUGGAGCUCUCCCUUUCUACACAGUCAGCAAGUUGAUCGAUGAGGAUGGAGAUUAUAAAGAGAUCGAAAAACGCAUGGGAAAAACGAUCUCUGCAAACGAAUUGGGCACAGAUGAUCGGGAUCUUUUUGAAGAAAAUAAAGAAUGUGGAUGGGUGUUGAGUCUUUUAAAGAAAACAAUCGAAAAAAUCGCUGGAAAGACGAGAAUGGAAAGAGAGGAAAGAGAGGAAAACGAGGAAAAUGAUGAAGAAAUGGAUGGGAUGAGGAGAAUCGAGAGGUUGCGACCGGAUUCACAGCAAGCGAAUGCAUUGAUUGCGAUGAGUAUCGUAUUGCUUGCCCAGCUUCCUUCGAAAUUAGUGGUGCUCGUCUCAGAAAGUCUCAUCAAAAUGAUUGAUUUCAACAAUCAGAAUCUACUCGAGCCACAAAGUGAAAAUUUCAGACAACUUCUUUUGUUGAGAAUCAUCUCAGUGCUUUUACAAAAAUGGGAAGAAAUGAACGAUCGAAAAGCGCGAUCACCGCUCAAAUUCUCAAAGGAAAUCUCACAUCCAUCUGAAGAAAAUGAAUCAGAAGAUGGUGAUGGAACACGAGAGGCAACACCGACAAGAGAAAAGACACCAAGACUUGAACCGACAAGAGAAAAGACACCAAGACUUGAAAAUGAUACAAGCAAAUUGGAAAAAAAAAAAGAGCUUUAUCAACUGUGCUCAUUACUGAUUGGAAGUGGAUGCAUUGGGAUUUGUCUCCAAACAUUGCAACAAGCCGAUAUUUACUGGAAAAGUUGGCAAGAACCGGAUCGAGUGCUGAAGAGAUGGAUGAGAGAUUAUGAAAAGGGACAAAGCGAUCUGUUGAAUCAAUAUCCAAAGCAUUGGGCCUGCGCCGAUGGAUAUCAUUUAAUGGUCACCGAUUGUGUUCUCCGAUUGCCUUACUUGUUACACAAAAAUCUUGGAGUCACUUUUGCAAACGAGUGGAAUGAAGUGUUGUGUCAGUUGAUGUUGAGUUGCUCCGUGGGAACAGUUCGUCGUUUGACAAGGAAACUUCUCAUCGCUAUCAAUGAUAACGAUAAAAAUAAAUAUCGUCUUGUGAAGAGUCGGCACGUGAUAAGCGGCCAAAUCGCACAACUGAAUGAGAAACUGAACUCGGCAAAUGGUGCUCCACCCACCCAUUCACAGCUCACACAAAUGGUUGAGAUUGUCAACAAAAUGUCUGAAGCAGCUACGGAAAGGCCACAAGUUUGGAGAGAGAUCGCUUGUGAGAAGCUGAGUUGGUUGUUGUCGAUCGCUUGUCAGCUACCGGAUGCCGUUUCGGGCAAUAUGGUCGACCUUCUCGUCACCGCCAUUCGCGCACUUCCACAAGAGGAACAAGUGGCAAGCACCGACUGUCUUGAACGAGAGAAUGACGACUUGAUCGAGUGUCAACUCGCUGAUCAACUGAUUUCACAACUCGAGAAUUUGCUUUUGUUCAAGCGACUUCUCGUGCGAUAUUUGUUGGGAAAAGACGAGCAAAAGAGAUGGAUGUUACAUGGAAUGGUUCGGUCAACAAUUCAGCUAGCUUCGAGAAAUAAUCAGGUGACAUUGGUGAAAAUCCUUUGGUCCGAUUUGUGGCCACUUGGACGAUCGCUUGGAACGUUGGGAGCUCAACUGGGCGAUCUCCUCUCCACAUACACUCCUCGACUUCUCCCGCACGCCGAUCUUACAACAAUCAUGGAACAAGAAGUGAACGCUAUUGCUAAAGCACAAAAGAGACUUCAUGAUUGUGGGCAUGACUCUUCAAGUCGUCAAAUGAGCGCUCUUGGAUUGGGAUGGAGAGAGGCGAUGCUCAUUGAUACAAGCCCGUGUUUAGUGUGCACAAGUAGACAGGUUGGA